UCUUAAGUACCUCCGCCAAUACCAAUCCUCCAUUUUUUCCCAUUUCAUUCAGCACUUGUUCAACAGUUCGAUAUUCAUCUCUUUCCUUCGUGUUUGAACAACCGGACACGGGCUCAAAAGUCCAAAGACUUUCCCUGAGAAAUUUCGCCAAGCAACAUGGAGUCAUGCCCUUCAAUAAAAAACAUCCUACUCUUGGAUUCUGAAGGGAAGCGUGUCGCUGCCAAGUAUUACUCAGAUGACUGGCCGACAAAUAGUGCAAAGGAAGCAUUUGAGAAAGCUGUUUAUACUAAGACUCUAAAGACAAAUGCACGGACAGAAGCUGAAAUAGGAAUGUUUGAGAAUAACAUCGUUGUUUACAAGUUUAUUCAAGACCUUCACUUUUUUGUCACUGGGGGUGAAGACGAAAACGAGCUCAUCUUAGCCACUGUUCUCCAGGGAUUUUUUGAUGCAGUUGGCAUUCUUCUUAGAGGUAAUGUGGAAAAGAAGGAGGCACUAGAAAACUUGGAUCUCAUUCUGUUAUGUAUGGAUGAAAUUAUUGAUGGCGGUAUUAUUCUUGAGACAGAUGCAAAUAUUAUAGCGGGGAAGGUUGCAAGUAACAGUAUGGAUUCUGGUGCUUCUUUGUCUGAGCAGACAAUAAGUCAAGCAUUAGCCACCGCCCGCGAACAUCUAACAAGAUCCCUCCUUACAUGAUGAUUAUGUGGGACAAGCGCAGAGGAGCGGCGAGGGAACAUAUUUUUGUGUACUGUUUGGCUCCAUUAUUUUCGGUGUACUCAAAUUUAUUUUAAUCCUGCAAGGCUGCAUGCAUGUUGGUAGCUUCCUUAAUUUGAAUCAAUUUGUUUUCUGUU